AUGGUCUCACUGAAGACAUGGCUUUUGAGGUUCAAGAAGAUGAAAGAUACUGCAGAACCCAAAUCAGGAAAUGCUCAAAGGAAAUGGAAUAAAGGUCGAGUUCACCAUGGUGAUGAUGAUGGCUCUUUUUGGAGGAAUUCGUUUGAUAAAGAAAGGUAUGAAGAUGAGGAGAUGAAGUGGAAUUCAGAUUAUCGGCUCAAUGUUUCUCCAGUAAGUUGUGGAGGUUUCAAAAAGUCUUCGACUGGAAGAACAAUGAGAGAGAUUGUUGAUGAAGAAUCAAGAAAAGGGAGAGUGGAUUCUACAGAAUCAGUGAAAAAAGUUGUGUUUGAAGACAAACCUGAGCUCGUAAUUCAAGAAACAUCUGCAGAUAAUAUCGAGACUUUCUUGAAGUCGGAUAAAAACAUGAAAAUGGAGGAGAUCGUGUUGAAGAAUGAGAAACAGCGGAGAAGGUCAAAGCAGGGUCGUCAAGCCAACGCUCAUUCUCCAAGAACACUAACCAGGGUUGAACGCAGAAUCAAAGCUCUUGAAAGCAUGAAGAGAACGAGGUUGAAGAUAAAAGAGUUGAAUGCAUUUAGUGUCAGUCUUGACUGCAAUGCCAUCGUGAAAAGCUCAUUUGAUCCAGAGACGGACUUCAGAGAGUCGAUGAUGGAGAUGAUGAUAGUGAAAGGAAUCAGGCAACGAGACCAGCUGGAGGAACUCUUGGCUUGUUAUUUGACAUUAAAUUGUGAUGAUUAUCAUCAACUUAUUGUUAAGGUCUUCCAACAGACUUAUAAUCAAUUUGUAGCUUUGUAG